AAUGAUAACGCGCUAACACGGAACGCAAGCGGGAUCUUUGCAAAAUAAAUUAAUAUCGUUUUAAAGUAAAUUGUAUACUCGCUCAUGUGAACAGAUGUAAAUGUAUCAAGCGUGUGUCCGUUUUUGUAUCUAUUAAACAUAUCAUUUGAAAUACUAGAAACUCUUUUUAAUAUUCAAUCAUGCAAACAAAAUGGCGUAGACAUUAUUUUGAUGAAAAACACUUUUCAAAAAUCUUCAUUUAUUUAAAGGUUUUCCACUGUGGACGCCGGAAUCAUAUGUGACAUAGUUAGAUUCAAUGCAUAUAUCUUUGGUAACAGUUUGACGGAAGUAAAGUUUAAAAAGAACGUGACAGGAUGGCAACAGUAGAAGUCGUAACGGAGCAUAAAGCCACUUAAGAGGCGGGAGCACGACGUGAGGAGGAUCAAAAAGCCAGAUGCAAGGAGCAAGAGAUGGCCAGAUGCGAGGAGGAAACCGGGGUCAGAAAAGAGGAAGAAGAAAGGGCAAUCCAAGAGGAGAAAGGAAGGGCCGCCAGACAAGAUGAUGGUAAAAGGGCAAGACAAGAUGAGGUAGAAAGGGACAGACAUGAUGUGGUAUUGAGGACCAUACAAGAGGAAAAAGAAAGGGCCAGACACGAGGAGGAAAAAAGGACCAACCAAGAGGUGGAAGAGAGGGCCAGAUAUGAGGUGAAAGAUAGGACCAGACAAGAGGAGGAAGAGUUGGCCAUACAAGAGGAAGAAGAAAGGACCAGACAAGAGGUGGAAGAGAGGGCCAGAUAUGAGGUGAAAGAAAGGGCCAGACAAAGGGAGGAAGAGUGGGCCAGGCACCAGGUGGAAGAAAGGGCCAGACUAGAGGAGGCUGGGUGGACCGAACAAGAGGAGAAAGCGUGGGACAGACGAGAGGAGAGAGAAAUUGACAGACAAGAGUUAGAGGAAAUGUUCAUACAAGAGGAGGACAAGUGGGAUAGACAGGAGGAGGAAGAGUGGACCAGACAAGAGGAGGAAGUAAAUUAUGAAUAAAGUUUUAGAGUAAACAAUGGUUAAUUGUUAAAAGAUAGCCGUUUCGUCAAUAAUGAUAUUAUUAUUUAUAAAUUGACUAAACGUCAUACUUGUUUCUGGAAAAGACACGUUACGAAUAAAAAAAGUUAUAACUCUUUAUUUAUUCCGAUAUGAGAUGUAAACAAUGACAUUGGACAAACGUGCACAAAACAUGGUUGACUAUGGUGUUUGAUCAGACUUUGAACAAGAGUAACAAUGAUUUGACUACGGCUAUGGUAACUCAAAGUGAAAACAUUCCAUGUGUGAAAUGUUAAGAUUGUAUCACGUUAGAUCGUGGUCGAACAUGAUCUCGGCAUUGUUGUAAAUCUGUUGCAAUAAUGUCAGGUCUGGUUUGACUUUGACUACAAUUAUUCGACUAUAAUCUGACCAUGUUAAAAAAGAUGCCGUUAAUAUCAUAAAACACUGCCACUGUAACCUCCCUUAUUAAACUUAUGUCAAGUGAAAAGAUUAUUUGCAAUGAUAUUUUUUUGCAUAAAACCCUAGUUUUAAGAUCAUGAUAAAAUACGAUUGACCAUGGCAAAAGGGCAGCCUAUGACACAUAUUUGAAUAUGGAAAUUUUCAUUAUUAAACAAUAGUAAUCAUGGUCAUAACAAUUAUGGUAUAACCAAGUUUGGCCAUGUUGCUAGCGUGGCAAAAAUCCCGCGUUCCAAGAGUCAUGUUUGACAAAGUGUAUUUUAAGGACCAUGAAACAUUAAUAGUCAAGAUCAUGAUGACCAUCGUCAAACUUUAGUUGACAAAGAUUCUUGGGGGGGGGGGGGGUGCACUUUACCGCGCGGUCUAUGAAAUAGGUUGACAAUGGGACUCUUUCAUGACCAAAACACCAGAUCAACCACGGUCUUUACAAUGACCAUGUGUACCAAAACAUCAAACGAUCAUAACACAAGGUUUGACACAUGAUUUGUAAUGAAUAAAAAAAUGUCUUUUAAGCAUGGUGGCCCAUUUUUUUAUGUAUUAAACCAUGCUUUUUUUUGGUCAGUUUAACAGGAAAAUUCUGGUUUUAAGGCAGUUUUUUUUCGUAUUAUCAUUUCAAGAUCUAUGGUUCAAUUCAAGAAAGAGUCUAGUGCCAAAACGGUAAUUUGACCGUUGUCAACUAACAAACAAAUUCUUUAGCUAGGUUAUAAAUAAGACACAUAUAUAUGUGAGCCGUUUUUGCUGGUUGUAAUCGGUUUGUAAAUAAACUCGACUUGAAAUAGAUUAACGGUGUCGAAAUGGACUUUGGAAGCUUGGUACGAAGGUGUAUAUUUCAGUGAUUGUUAUUUGCGUUUAAUCCUGAACUUAGUCGGCUACAUAUUUGAUUUUGAAAGAAUCGAAAUAUUUUGAAAACAAAAUCGAAAAUUCGGGUAUAUACCAGAACUAGUAUCUCUCCAUAUGCAUUAUUACGAUUUGAUUGCUAAAGAUUCAUAAAAGGGUGCUCGAUAAUAAUAAAAUAACGGGAAAUAUUUCCUUAUGAAAAAUUUUAACGGUAAGGUUGCCUGCUUAACAAAAUGAGUAAAACUUAUUUUGCUUAUUUCCCUUUUUCAGUUUCUUAUGUAUUUCGUUUUAAUACAGUUUUAGACCUAGAUCAAUAUCAGCAACUUCCACACAAAAUUUAAUUUAAUUUAUUAUUUCUUCCAAUUAUAUUUUGAUGUUUGUAGUCUGCCAGUUCUUUUAAUUUUGUCUCUGUAUGUAUGUAUUUGUUUUUAAAUACCUCAUGUCUUAAUAGUCUAUAAGAUUGAUGAUGUAUCAUUAAAUGCUGUUUUGUUUAUAAAUAUGCAUGUUAUUUUAUUGUUAUAAUUGUAAAUGUCCGUUGUAGCUAUUCAUAGCUAAUGUUUCUUUGUUACACAUGUACCGACUUAAAAUAAAAUUUGAUUUGA